CGCAGGUUGCCGUACUUACGACAGCGUUCACGGAGAAACAUGGCCGCCGCCUUGGCGAAGAGGGUGUCCGGGCUGCUGGGGCCGCUGUCUGCGUCUCUGCGCGCCGGGACGCCGCAGCUCCGUCAGCUGUCCAGCCUCAUCCGGCCUCUGCCUCUCUACGGCUCCGCCACAGCCGCCGUCCGCGCUCCUCUGCGGGCCACAGUGUGGCAGACAGCCCGGUACAACAUCCUGCAACGGGUGUCAGCUCUUGUCCCCAGUCUGACUCCACAGCCAAGCAGAAGUCUGACGUACUACAGCCUGAAGAAGGCAAAGAGGAAAACGGUCAAAUCUGUCACGGACAGGUUCAUGAGGCUGCACUGUGGACUUUGGAUCAGACGCAAGGCUGGACACAAGAAGAAACUGUGGAAGAAGGGACCUGCCAGACGAAAGCGCCUGAGGGAGUUUGUAUUCUGUAACAAAUCACAGAGCAAGCUUUUUGAUAAAAUGACAACUUCUUUUUGGAAGAGGAGGAACUGGUAUGUCAACGAUCCAUACCAGAAGUACCACGAUCGGGUCAACCUCAAACUGUAGUUUGCUGAUUCAUGAAGAGGCAUAUUGUUUUCUGUUUGAAUAUAAUGUAAUGGUGUAAUAUACAUAAUAAAGUAACAGUUCUGAAGUUA